GAGGUUGCACUUGAUUGUGGUUGGCUCAGGCUGGGUUGUUUGGGAAAGAGGAGUUUUGCCUAGCAUGAGUCAGCACUGCCCUGGGUAAACCGCCUGCUCUGUUGCAAUCUCGCUUACCAAAGAUACGUCCCCAGGCGGCACCAUUCACUCUGCCUGAAAGCUGCUGCUGUUGGCUCCUGAGAUGAGCUCAUCUGAAAUGGCUCCAAGGACCUCAGCGGCAGGAACUGGAGGCAGCCUGCUCUCUGCUGUGGUAAUGUUUUGAAACAGGCAAAACCAGAUCAGGCGUCUGUCUUGUGUGCAAUGGCCACUGGUGAAGCAGGAGGUGGCGAGAAACCUACGGCCCCUGAAAACAUGUCUUCACCUCGACGCUCGACUCUGGCAGCAGAUUUUAUCAUGUGGGCAACCUGCUGCAACUGGUUCUGCCUGGAUGGACAGCCUGAGGAGGUCCCCCCGCCCCAGGGAGCCAGGACGCAGGCCUAUUCCAACCCUGGGUACAGCUCCUUCCCCUCCCCCACAGGCUCGGAACCAAGCUGCAAGGCUUGCGGGGCCCACUUCGCGAACAUGGCCAGGAAGCAGCAGACCUGCCUGGACUGCAAGAAGAAUUUCUGCCUGAGCUGUUCGAGCCAGGUGGGAAACGGGCCCCGCCUCUGCCUUCUGUGCCAGCGGUUCCGAGCCACGGCCUUUCGGCGGGAGGAGCUCAUGAAGAUGAAGGUGAAGGACCUCAGGGACUAUCUCAGCCUCCAUGACACCUCCACCGAAAUGUGCCGGGAGAAAGAGGAGCUGGUGUUCUUGGUGCUUGGCCAGCAGCCCGUAAUCUCCCAGGAGGGCAGGACUCGCGCGCCCACCUUGUCCGCGGAUGUCCCCGAGCAGCAGGCCUUCCUGACCCAGCCUCGCGCCAGCACGGUACCUCCUACCUCGCCUCACCUCGCCUCUUCGUCCGCACAGGCCACCUCUGUUCCCCCAGCCCAGGCUCAGGAAACCCAGCAGGCCAAUGGCCAUGUGUCUCAGGACCAAGAGGAACUCGUCUACCCGGAGAGCACAGCCAGAGCACCUGCUGAGGAUGAGACCCAGUCUGUCGACUCAGAGGACGGCUUCGUCCCAGGCCGGAGGGCCUCUCUGUCUGACCUGACCGACCUGGAGGACAUUGAAGGUCUGACCGUGCGGCAGCUGAAGGAGAUCCUGGCGCGUAACUUCGUCAACUACAAGGGCUGCUGUGAGAAGUGGGAGCUGAUGGAGAGGGUGACGCGGCUGUACAAGGACCAGAAGGGCCUCCAGCACCUGGUGUGUGGUGCUGAAGACCAGAACGGGGGAGCGGCGCCGUCCAGCGUGGAGGAGAACCUGUGUAGGAUCUGCAUGGACUCGCCCAUCGACUGUGUCCUGCUGGAGUGCGGCCACAUGGUGACCUGCACCAAGUGCGGCAAGCGCAUGAACGAGUGUCCCAUCUGCCGGCAGUACGUGAUCCGAGCCGUACACGUCUUCCGAUCGUGAGGGCUUGCACCGGCUUCUUCAGUGCCUUAUGGGGACGUAGCUUGAGGUGUCUGGGCUCCAGACUGGGCAGCUCGCGGAGGGGCAGGCUAACAAAAUCUGCAGUGCUCGUAAGACCCGGGCAAGCAAGGAUGCUGUCACCUCUGGGCAUGCCUGUCCUGCCGCGGAGGCGCACCUCUUGGCUGGCAGCGCCGGAGGCCGGUGGAAACCGGAACAGACUGCACGGGCAAGUCCCUGUCUCAGUGAUCUUGGGGUAAUGAUGGCACCUGAUGAAGAGAGGACUUGCCAGAACUUGGACCGCAUCUUCCUCCUUUCCUCCGAAAGCCUAACAGUUUCACCCUUGUGUACCCCGCCCAUCCUUCUGAGCUGCCUGCCUCUGGCCUUCACCGGUCAGAAGUCCUGGUAGAAAUGGUUCUUUUCCUCCCCAGCACAUUUGGAUUUAUUUCUGCUCUGGCUUUCUGUGCUUUAACCUACCUUUGCUAACGUCUCUGGCUACAUUGCCUAAAAUCCAUUUGUUUCUUCAGACCAAAAAGAUGUUAGCUUACCAGACCGAGAGUGAUCCUCCUUGGGACUGAAUUUGGACCAGUAAACUUAGCUCUGGUGAGAAACAAAACUCAACUGCUACUGAAAAAUUUCAAAGUCAUGAAGAGUUGCUUCCUUAAGUGCUGGGACUGGAAGCGAUGAGUCUCCUGACCCCAACCCCGGCUCCCAAACUGCUGGGAAGUUUGAGUCCGUUUGCGUGAGACGGCUCGCACAGCCUCUCUGCUUCUCUAGGGCCCGCACGCCAUCCCUGUUUAGUUUGAGAGAAGGGAAAGUGUUGGGUGGAAGCAGGGGCUUUCUGCUUAACUUUGACUUCUCCAGCAGACAGGAAUAGCAAACCACUUUCCUCUGAGAAUGAAGUCCCACUCUUUUCCAUGGUCUCACUGAAGGCAGAGAGCCUUGCUCUCCUCUAGCCAGACUUCUCCUGAAGUUCCUGGAGACCAAACCUCAACACCCGAGGGGUAUCUGAAGGUACCGAAUGAGACUGGAGUCAGCUGUUGAGCAGACAGCUGCAAGUCUUAAUUCCCCAGGUUGGUGGGGACUCUCUACUCCCAUUUCCUUUCUCAGAACACUGACUUGAGGGCAGGUCAGGAAGAAGCAUUCUCAAGGUCCUUUAGAAAGACCAUACAUUGAGCUAGAGGAUUCUUGAGCCCUUUUAGGGUUGUUCUACCACUGGGAGAGCCAAAGGGCUUAGGUUUGCUGGAGAAGCUUAGUCAAGAACCCACACACAUGCUAUCGAAGAGCCGUGUGUGCGGCCAUCACCAGUGGAUGAACUACACAAACCCUAGACACCGAGGGCCUUGGCAGACCACCGCCCCCACCCUACUCCCCUGCCGAACAGUCAAGUUCUCUCAGACUGGAACCUAGCAUGACUUUGGAAGACAGUGGGAAACUCCAAGGGGACCUGUUUAUCGGUACAGAUGUGCUUAGGCUUUCCCCCAUCAUCAACCACUAUUCCCCUUCAGAGGAGUGAAAUGAUUGCAUAAGGUGGUUGCCAGUUGAACCACUGGGCCACUUACCUUGACAUUACACCAAGCCCUGGAUGACUGGAUUCUGGGACUCAGCCUUUGUAGGAAUUGGGGGAAUCAAGAGGUCAGUGAGAGGACCUUUGACCUUUCUGCUGGACAGUAAAUAUUAUGGUUUACAAUGCGUACCAGUUUGGCAGAGAAUUCCACCACUUCUCGAUUCCACUGUGAAACAGGUCUAUAUUUAUGCAACUCAGUUAAGAUCUAGCAAUAACUUCAGGGCAGAUGCUGGCUCUCUCCCUAAAACUUGCUUUCACUGCUGAGGCCUUCCCUCUCCCCACCUCCCACAGUCCCUCUCCUAGACAGAAGUUACGAAUAAUAUCCUGAAGGUUAGUAACCUCAGUAAGAAUUAUAACUGGUAUCGUUUCAUUCUGGAGAAAGAACUUGCCUUGGAGUCUUUUGAUCUAUUUUGACGAAGGUUUUCAUUCAGGAAAAAUGGUGUCAAACCACCCCGAUUUGUCAUCAUCCAUCAUUAUCAUACCAAAUAAAGGCUGGGAAUUCAAGAUCCCAUUUCAGUUACUAUCUAAUCUAGGUAGAAAACCUGAUUUUUCUCUCUGAGUAACCACCGCCCCCUGCCCCCGCCCCCACCCCUCAUGGAUCCUUGGGUCUUAAUUAUCAUGAAAACCUCUAAUUCUUCCAGUUAUUCCAUGGCUUUUGCUGUGAUUGUUCUGAGAUUUCAUUUGAGACUUGUUUCAAGACUUAGGAGAGCUGACUGGUUCAUAAUAUAUUGGAAUAGUUGGAUCCAAGCUAGUAAGAAUAAGCUGUACAGGAAUUCAUGCACAAUAUAUAUUGUAUAAAUUGGUUGAAAUCAUGGGGACGUGAAUGUGUUACUUCAAGUGGCUUAUAUUAAGAGUCUUCAGAAUUACUUGGGUGUUAAAGCAAACCCAAAUGUGUAUUUUUUGUUACAGAGCUCUGCUUUAUAAUUUUGUAAUAAAAUUUCACUAUAGAA